GCUUCGUUCUUCGUUUUAGAAACGCCGUCUUCUCACGGUUCAAUUUGCAAACCUAAACUCUUUUGCCCGCUCCACCUCAAUUCAAUUUCAUCCCAACGAAGCCCACGAUGAUUCUCCGACGCCCAAACUUCUUUCAAUCGCCCCUCAGGUACUUCUCCCCAAUCCCAUUAUCAAUUUUUUUCUCCCACCCAUUUUCAUCUUCCACUGAUAAUCAAUCGCUACACCAAAACAUAGAAACAGUUUUCCGCAUUAUUACUACUUCCUCCUCUUCAACAGACAUGAAACAUUCUCUGGAAUCGAGUAGGGUUUUUCUCUCAAAUGAACUGAUCGACGGGGUUCUUAAGAGGGUUAGGUUUAGUCACGGCAAUCCCUUACAGGCUUUGGAAUUCUUUAAUUACACUGCUAAAAGAAGGGGAUUUUAUCACACUUCGUUUUCUGUUGAUACAAUGCUUUAUAUACUAGGUAGAAGCCGGAAGUUCGACAAAAUUUGGGAUGUUUUGCUUGAUGUUAAGUUUAAGGAUCCGUCGUUAAUCUCGCUUCGAACUGUUAUGGUUGUUUUAGGAAGAAUUGCCAAAGUUUGUUCUGUGAGGCAAACUGUAGAGUCUUUUAGGAAGUUCAAGAAGUUUGUUCCUGAGUUUGAUGUCACUUGUUUUAAUGCAUUGCUGAGAACUCUGUGCCAGGAGAAGAGUAUGAUGGAUGCGAGGAAUGUUUACCACGGUUUGAAGAGUAUGUUUAGGCCGAAUUUGCAGACGUUUAACAUAUUAUUGUCGGGUUGGAAGUCGUCAGAAGAAGCUGAAGGAUUCUUUGAUGAGAUGAUAGAAAUGGGGGUUAAACCUGAUGUUGUUUCAUAUAAUUGUUUAGUUGAUGUUUAUUGUAAGAAUAGGGAAAUGGACAAGGCGUUUAAGGUGGUUGGGAAAAUGAGGGAUGAAGAUAUACCUGCUGAUGUGAUUACAUACACUAGUAUUAUUGGGGGAUUGGGAUUGGUUGGUCAACCCGAUAAAGCCAGAAAUAUUUUGAAAGAAAUGAAGGAGUAUGGAUGUUACCCUGAUGUUGCAGCGUACAAUGCUACAAUACGGAAUUUUUGCAUUGCGAAGAGGCUUCAUGAGGCUUUUGAUUUGUUGGAUGAAAUGGUGAAUAAGGGUCUGAGUCCAAAUGCAACGACAUACAACUUGUUCUUUAGGAUUUUCUUCUGGUCGAAUGACUUACAAAGCGCAUGGAAUUUAUAUCGUCGAAUGAUGGAUACGGGGUGCUUGCCUAAUACACAAUCCUGCUUGUUCCUAGUGAGGUUGUUUAAGAAGUAUGAAAAGGAAGAAAUGGCAUUGGAGCUGUGGAAUGAUAUGAUACAAAAGGGUUUUGGGUCUUAUAUAUUAGUUUCUGAGGAGUUAUUUGAUCUUCUUUGUGAUUUGGGAAAGUUGAUAGAAGCUGAGAGCUGUUUUCUGCAGAUGGUAGAUAAGGGGCAUAAGCCAAGUUACACCUCGUUUAAAAGGAUCAAAGUACUCAUGGAACUGGCAAAUAAACAUGAGGCUCUUCAGAACUUGUCAAAGAAAAUGGAUGAUAUUUUUUGGAUAAAAAAAAUGCCUCCCCUGGAACAAUGAGUUAUUCAGCAGUUCUGUCAAAUUCGAAUUCAUCUCCAUGUUAAAUGGUUUUUUUCCCCACAUGUCAAGGGUCUAUAUUUUUCACUCAGUGAAAAACUGAAAACCAACAGAGCAUCAACACAUUAACUGCAUUUCAACAGCAGGAUGCCAAACAAGAUCGUGGAGCUGGAAAUUGACAAAUAACCUCUUGAGGCUAGCCGCAGCAUCUACAUCAACUGUUUGGCGGAUUAGAAAUGGAACCUCCCAUAGCCUCCUCUAGAAAGCUUUGCAUGGUAGGAUGUAGACACUACCUCUGGCUUAGAACUGUACGCUCUCGUGUUCAAUGCAUUGUCCAAAUAAGCACAAAGCACUAUUCGCUUCAAAAAGAUAGUUAGAAAGAAAAUGAGGUGAUUGGUUCAAGAACUGUCUCAUGAGUUACCAACUCUAUAGCUUCAUGAGGGUAUGAAUGUAUAUAGAAAUUCAGAAACUCGGAUCUGGCUGUCAUGAAGAUCACCAAGACCCAGUACGAUCACAUCUCUAUUUGGAAUUUUUCAAGUUGAAGACAGUAUAAACCAAGAUCUAUCAUUUUAAACGUUCCUCCUGUUUUUGCCAUCAAGUUUCAUUACGUUGCGAGCGGCUUUCUCAAGUAUGAAAUCUCAUCCAGCUGACCUAGGAAAAGUUCCAUUUGCUUUCUUUCGUUGAACACAUUACUUCGGAAAUAUUCUUGGCCAUGGGAGCUGCAAACAGAAAUGCCUCACUGUUCUUAUACGUUCUCUCAAUGUUCUUAUUUUCCAAAAUGUGUUUGAGCAUAUGUUUUAGGGGCCUUAGUGUUUUGAAAAUGAAAAUUAUUUACAUUAUAUGACAUUGGAUGGAUAUUUCCCAUCAAUCUCCAUGCAAAUAUUGAAUUAUUGGCCAUAUUUUACUUCAUCCAGCUUGCCAUGA